AUGCGUGUGGCGCUUUCCGGCAUUUCGAUGCUGUCGACACUCGCUGCCGCGCAACAACAAUAUCCCUCCACUGAACACGCGCUCUGUCCGUGCGGUCAUACUGUCAACGCCACUGGGUGGGAAGAUGGCUGGGCGCUUUUUACUGAAUUCUUUGAGAGUGACUUCCUCCAUGCACACGAUUUGAAGGAUGACGAUGACGAUACUUGGAUACCACAGGCAUACAAUGUCACGCCGGGGGACGGGAGGGGGACGUACGGCAAAGCGUCGCUGGUUGAGAAUGUCGUCACGAAUCCGAUUGAGAGCGUGUACGAUUGGAGUGGACCUGGAGUGAACGGCGAGGAUCCUGGACUGCAGCUUUGGGUGAGGAAGGACUUGGUGGAUGUCGAUGGAGGAAAAGCCGUUCCAAUGGCCGAGAUCGUGUCCGCGAGAGACGACAUCCUCUACGGAAGCUUUCGCAUCGGGAUGAAGACUACAGCUGUCGCUGGGACGUGUGGGGCCUUCUUCUUCUACAAGAAUGAUUCGAAUGAAAUCGAUAUGGAGUUCCUCUCCUCCCACCAACAACCCUUAAGCAACCACGGCCUUGUCAAUUUGGUCAUUCAAUCGCCUGAGAGUGCGGAUGUGGGAUACGUCCAACCGGGCUCGAACGAUUUCGACAACCACUCCAUGUCCUUCGCCCCUUCCGAGAUGUACCACGAAUACCGCUUCGACUGGCUCCCCGAUCGCGUCGACUUCUACGCCGACAGCAAAUGGAUGUCCACGAUCCGCACCAACGUCCCCAAGUCUCCCGGUGCGAUCCACGUCUCGCACUGGUCUAAUGGAAACCCCGGCUGGAGCGCUGGACCUCCUGUCAAAGACGCCGUGAUGACGAUCAGCUACAUCAAAGCGUACUUCAACUCCUCGAAUCCUGAAGCUACAGCGAAGUCCUUGGAGAUCUGUCAACCGCGCGAGUUGCCUAACAGCACUUGCUAUAUCCCCAACCAAUGGUACCCGCCGGACCCGAUGGGGAUUGAGGGGAAUGCUACGGGGCAUACACAUUUCUUCACGGUGGAUAUUGAGAAGACUUCUCCUGAUCCACCGCCGCGGCCACCGGUGAGUACGCCGGAUGUCGUGCCGUCUGCUGCGGCGAUAGGGAGACCAUUGAGUCUGGAGGUUUUUGCUGUGUAUUUGGUUACGUUGGUGAUGGUGGUCGUUAUGGGGGAGUGUCGUCAUGAUGUUCCGCUGGUGGUUUAUAGCUUAUUGGGAUGA